AAGAGGCCAAGCGCCCAACCCUCUCGAAGUCCGGAUCCUUAGCUGUUAAGCAGAGCAGUGCAGUGCUUCCCUAAGUCGGUUUCGCUUCGCUUGACGCUCCCUUUAUUUAUUGCACUUUCAUGAUGAAGCCCGAUUUGCCUCCGCUGCACUGGUUUAAUGGCUGCUUAUUUAGACUAAUAUAAGCGAUUGCUGGCUUAAUCCGAGUUUGCUUCUUCUUCCGCGGUGCCUUGGUUGAUCGCGUCGAGGUUUUGAGGAACGGGGAGUAUAAAUUGCACCCGACAUGCUUCCCCUGCAAAACCUGAUGUGUGUGUCUGAACGCGUGCGAACCUCCGGAGCAAUGCUGACCCCGCCCACCACGUUGCCGGCGGCAGGGGCGCUCUCGGAGCAGGCUGAGACCGCGGCGAUCGUGUCCGCCCUCACGCACGUCAUCGCCAGCGGCCGCGGCCCGCCGGGGCCCUCGCCGCCGCUGGUCAUGCCGUGCCGCCCGGGCGUCCAGCAGCUCGGCGCGUCGACGUCGUCCCAAGGAACAGAGCCGCCGCCGCGCAAGUAUCGCGGCGUGAGGCGGCGGCCGUGGGGCAAAUGGGCGGCUGAGAUCCGUGACCCGCAGAAGGCGGCGCGAGUGUGGCUUGGCACGUUCGCCACCGCUGAGGACGCGGCGCGCGCGUACGACGCCGCCGCGCUCCGCUUCCGCGGGAGCCGCGCCAAGCUCAACUUCCCCGAGGACGGCGCGGCCGCCACCGCGCGUCGCGCCAGGGACGCGGCCACGGCCGCCGCGGCGGCGUCCUCGAAGCCGGCCGCGCUGCUCGAGUCGCAGGACGGCGACGUCAUGGACUACAUGGACUACUCCAAGAUCCUCGCGGAGCCGGAGCCGAGCAACGUGAUGGGCCGGCUCCUGGGCAGCGACGGGAACGGACGGUUCCUGGGGUCGUGGAGCAUCGGAACGUCGCCGACGUCGUCUGCGUCGAGCACGUCGCUCGCCGGGGCCGGACCCGCCUCCGCUCCUCUGUUUCAUUGCGGUAGCGGCUUGAAGCAGAGCAGUGAGAGCUCUUCGCAUAGGGGUUACUAGCCAAGCCAAAGGUUAUCAACCUCAUUCCUGCCUCAUAAUAAACGAGCAAAAGGAGAAGACCGACGAAAUUCCCGCCUUUCGGAGCGCGUCGUACUACCGCAGAUCGUGAUGGUGGUUGGGGGCCCGGCGAAGGUCACUUUCUUGGACGGGGAUUAAGACGAGCCAGGGCCGAGAGAUGUGGAACUUUGGGUUCAAUUGCGUUCAUCAGGAAGCAACUAAGGACGAAGGUUUAGAUUUUCUUUUAGUAAAAACAUUCUUCUAGUGCCAUGCAGGUUCUUGGUUUCUAUUGAGGUCAUUUCCUAAACUGAAGCUCUCUAACUCAGGUAGCUGGCAAUGUUACUAGAGCUAGAUAGUAUUCAUUUUAAAUUUACUUGCAGGAGGAAAUAAAUCAUCUGUAAUGAAUAAGAUGCAUUAGUUAUCCAUUUAUUCA